AAGCUAUUAUGUUGCAGGAAAGUGCUUGACUAGCUGACUUGGAUCUUCUCCUAGAUUUUAGAAGAAAUAACCAUCACCAGGUUUGAAUCAGCUAAACCUCUAGGCUUUGCUGGCAGGAAAGAGGCAUAUUAUUUUUGGAGCAUAAAAUGGAUACAGAAGACUUGGGCUCAGGUAAACUAGGCCAAAUAUUGAAGCAGAUUUGGAGACAAAACCAAAUGCUAAAGCAGGCACUCCUGGGUGAUGACCUUUGUGAGGGGCCUGGGGCGGCCACCUGGUUGGCCACAGUGGUCUUUCUGGGUCAGGAACUCAGUGGGGCUCUUCACCAACUGUUGGAGCACACUGCAGGGACCCUGUGUUCCACCUGCCAGCAGCUGUAUGUGCUGCUUGACAAGGAGAACGCAUGUAUCUGGAGGCAAGAAAUUAUUGCUUUCAUAGAAUGCCUCAUGAAAAUGAAGGAGCAUUUGGGGAACACUGCUCUUCUUCUAAAGAAAGAAGAAAAGGAGAUGUGUAAUUUAUGCAGGAUGCAUGAUGAACAUACUCCACAGCGGACAAUGACCACCAUUCAUGACACCAAAGCAACAGACAUUGCUGCAAGAGAGGAACUAAAUGUCAUAGAAACAGCUACUGUUUCUCCCACAAAUGAGGAGGAAAGCCAUUACACAAAUCAGGUUCAGUUAAAAGAAAAUAAAACACAUAUAAAUUCUGAAUUUGUGGAAAGAGAAAACAAUGUGUCAUUGAAUGGAAAUGUUACAGGGCAAGAAACGUCACAGAACACCAUGUUCCCAGAUAAUGCAGAAAAUGAAGAUGAUAAACAAAUAGGACACGUGACUGCUGAGAACAUAAAUGGCAACAAGAAGGAGAUUCAUGACAUAAUCCAGAUAACAAAAAGAGAAAUUCAAGGGACUUCAGAAAGCCAAAGAGAAGAGAUUACCACAUCCUCAACAACACGGGAUAUCUCCAGUAAACUUGUGAAUAAUCUUCCCAGUGACUCAGACAGUCUAAAGCAAAAGAGUAGCAUAAUGGAAAAGGAGUAUCUAAUGCUGAGCGAGGAGUCUGACCCCCAAGUGUCUUGCUACAUUACCGCACCAUCACGUGUCCUACAGCAGCUGGAGUGCCGGAUAGUUAACAGCAUGAGUUGCUUAAUAGUGAGUGAUAAUGAAGAGCUGGUUAGCAAUGUCAUCUCCAUUGAAUGCUCAGAUAAGGAAGAGAGAAUUCCAUUUCCAAUAUGCAUUGCAAUUCCAUUUACUGCACGUUACAGGGGAAAUUACAGAGACAUCAUGGUGAAAGUGUCUGACAUAAACCUUCAGUCAAGUUACCUAACCCCAAAUUCUCUAGAAGGAAUGAGAGGAAGUUACAAGGGAACCUGCGCGGCCGUGAAAGCUUACAAGUUGGGUAUAUUUUCAGUUGUGUCUUGUUUAAAGAGAGAGUCCUUUACAGUAACCAAAAACGGCCUCACUGUGAAGUCAUGCGUGGAUUCCCGAAUAUCCUUGAGUUACCCCCCAGGAGUUUUCAGCUCAUCGGUGCUGGUACAAUUAAAGAUCCAACCAGUGGACCCAUCUCUGAUUGCAUAUUUAAAAGCACAGCAAGAAGCUUCCUACUCAGUACUGUCCACAAGUCCUCUGAUUCAUGUUCAGCACCCAUCAACACAUCCUUUCCAGAAGCCCGUUACUGUAUUCCUACCUUGUUUUCCACACCAAGAUAAGAAGAAUCUUGUGUCGGAAAAAGAUCAUAAAAGAGCAAUUACUGCCACAACAAACAGGAUCACACCUCUAUAUGUCUACCGGACAAAAAGUGCUUCCACAAGAAAACUUGGGAACAAUACCUGUGAAUCUUUGAAAUUACUGGGAUACAGAAGCCAAGACACUGGUUGGUUUGGGCUUGAUGAUGUUGUGGUGAGAACCAUCCAGAGUGGCUUGAUAUCAUUUGAAUUGCAUGAACAUUUAGAGAGGUUCAUUGUACUUCACCUCUCUUCCACUGUGGACAAGAGCCAUUUGGUUUCUUUUGUAAAGUCUUUGGAGAAUGCCUUGCUCAGCACCACUGCUUGCGUAGUUUUGUCGCACCAGAAGGACAAUCCACACAGAGUGGUUGUUUUAGUGGUGCCUUCUAAAGAUUUAAACCAGACACUUAAGGACUUGCUCUUAGAAGGAUUUGGAGGACUUCCAGAGUCAUCUCGUCAUUUCCAAGUAAGAGAAGGAGAACAACUGCUUUUAAGGUUUACUGGAAACAUAUUUGGUUCAAGCAAUGGGAAGGAUUAUGGAAAAGAAUAUCAACUUAUUUUUCACUUGCAAAGAAAACCGAGGCUGGAACUCCAAAUCAAAGAGGUGGAUGAAUUUGGAAACUACAGCUGUCCUCAUUAUAAGGGAACCAUUGUAUUUUAUAAAGUACCUAAGGAAAAGAUAGUUCCCAACCUGGACCAAUCUCUCAUACUUAAUGAAAAUCAUUAUGAGUUGCCAAUUUGCAAAUUACCGUUGAAAUUGCCAAAGCAUGAAAAAUUAAUCAACCGUCCACAGAGUACCAAGAGAAUUUCUAAAGAUCCUCUAGAAGCCCUUUGGGAUAACUUGUUCCACUGGCUGGCAGAGGAACUCUCAGAAGAAAAUGCUGAGGUCCUUACCUCGUCCCUCCCUCUGCGCCGCAGCACCAUUCAGCUCAUCAAACUCAAGCACCCUGAUGACCUCACGGAGCAGAUCCAUGAACUUCUUUGCUUCUGGAAGAAAUCUCUCCCAACUUCCACUGACAAAGUUCGCCUCCUGGCUCGUCACCUUCGCAAGAUGGGCAGGAGUGAUCUUGCAGGAGAGUUCAAGUUCAAGUGGGAAAAUAAAGUGUUCACUGAACCCCAACAGUGGUUUGAUAUGGAACCUGAGUAAGAGCUGGUGACUCAUCCUUUUGCCCUAGAAAAAGCCUCAUGGUUUAAAGACUGUUUCUGUCAAGGUUUACUGAGAAUUUUUCAAGUGACGUUGUUUGAAGGGGGUUUGUUUGAUAGACAUGUAACUGAGAAAUCAAUUGAAACAAUGGAGAAAUGUUAAUGACAAUAAGACAUUCCUGGUUCUGCGGGCUUCUUCACUGUGAGUGACAUGUUUUCUGCAACUCUGAAAGUCUUGGGUUUGGUCAAACUUCAUCGCAUUUGCAAUAGAGUUGGUCCUAUUUACAUUUUAAUAGCCAAGGCUGCUUGCUAUGUACGCACGAAAGAUAUGACUACAAAAUCACUUUUUAAAAAUUGUUAUCUAUGUAAAAUUAAAUGUGUUUCCCAUGACUCCAAGCAACCAAACCAAGUUACAGAGAUACCUUGGGACCCACAGGUAACAAUACAAAAUAAAUGGGGCUGAUGUUAGUAAUAGCAAGUUACUUUUAGAAAAAAGAAAAACUUGUAAUAAAUUAAAAAUAGAAAAAUUCUUUAGCUUCUGACUGCCACAGCUUCUCUUAAAAAAAAAUGUAGCUUAGAAUCGGGAAAUAUUCUUAUUUUAUUAUUAGUGAAAUGAAGCAGUGCAGAAAAAAUGAAUUGUAAAUAAAAGAAUCCAGGGCCUCUUUUACCUACUUAAAAAACAAAGUCUCAUAGGCAGAUACACACCUGCACACAUCUUCACACACAUAGACACAUUUAUUUCCCAGAAUUAAUAAUUUACACAUAUUAUUGUAACAGAAAGACAAAACAAAGUAUCAAAAGAAAAAAAAAGUGAUCUUCUCUUCAGUGUCUCGUAUGUUUAGGUAAUCCUGGAUUCAGUCUGAUGUGGUGACAUGUGCUGUUUUCCUGUGUUGGGAAACUACCCCUGAACGCCCUCACAGCCAUACCCCGCCCCUCCCCAUCCUGUGCACCUGAUCUGUCCCGUGGGCUGAUGUGUAUGGAUCACAUCAGUGAUGAUGCUCCAGGCUUCUCAUUGGGUUUGGCUAAUGGAGAGCUGUAGCAGGAGAAUGAUGGCCAGACUGUGUCCCUCAUCCCACAGUCCCUACUUCUCUGGAAGAGGCCCCUACAGGCCACUCUCUCCUGGGUCCUGGUAACUGGUUUUCUUCUUACCUCUUUAGUUGUAGGUGUAGCCCAGCUGUCGUCUUGCUCAGGAUAACUGGGUGCUCCCUGUGGUUCCGUUGUGUCCUCUCUUUCCCUUUUAAAAUAAACUUUCCUUUGAUUUUCUAGUGUCA